AUCUCUCUCGUCCAUUCAGCCUUGCGUGGAGCGAGCCGUGGACCGAGGCCGGCGGCAUCCCGUGGCUCUCAUCGCUCAUCAUCCACUAUUCCCCCCGUUUGUUCAGCAGGGGGUUGUGUCCAGUUCCUAUCCCUGGCUGCUCUUCCCGUUCCUACUACCUCCCCCUUUUGCGUAAUUUCGGAAACCGGUUCUGGCGUUCAAGCCUGUAAAGCUAUCCCCUUUUCCGAUCCACAUCAUCUCUGCGCCGGCUGUUUGCAUUUCAUAAUCAGAGCCCACUUUUUUUCCAGCGGAUUAAUCUUUCCUUGUUUUGCGCUAAAGCAGUCGAAAUAGCAUUGGAGCAGCAUUGAGCUCUUUUCUGCAUAUUCCUUGCUUCCCGCAAUCCAAAGCCGCCGCCUCCUUUUUCCUGCAACGUUUUCGUCCAUUUGGCAAUCUCGCUGGUGCUUGUCAAGCUCUAGGAUCAAAGCCUGACCCCCCAAAUUCCAGCACCAAAACCCCAUCUUUUGCUUGCUGGUGAUUCCGUGGCCGGUCCAGUCCGAUGGGGACGCUCGGGGACAGGCUGCGGGCCUUCUCCACGAACCGGUGGCUGGUGUUCGUCGCCGCAAUGUGGCUGCAGUCCAUGGCCGGCAUCGGGUACCUCUUCGGCAGCAUCUCGCCGGUCAUCAAGGCCGCGCUGGGCUACAACCAGCGCCAGGUGGCCGCGCUCGGCGUCGCCAAGGACCUCGGCGACUGCGUCGGCUUCCUCGCCGGCUCCCUCUCGGCCGUGCUGCCGUCGUGGGCGAUGCUGCUCAUCGGCUCCGCGCAGAACUUCCUCGGCUACGGCUGGCUCUGGCUCAUCAUCACCAGGCAGGCGCCGGCGCUGCCCCUCUGGAUGAUGUGUGUUCUUAUCUAUGUUGGGACCAACGGCGAGACAUUCUUCAACACAACUGCACUUGUUACAUGUAUCCAGAACUUCCCCAAGAGCAGAGGUCCAACAGUGGGUAUUAUGAAAGGAUUUGCGGGCCUUAGCAGUGCAAUCUUGACACAACUGUAUGCAGUAAUGCACACACCUGACCAUGCAACACUUGUAUUCAUGGUUGCAGUCGGUCCAUCAUUGGUUGCCAUUGGCCUGAUGUUUAUUAUUAGGCCCGUUGGAGGUCACCGCCAGGUGCGUCCAUCCGACAAGAACAGCUUCUUGUUCAUCUACACCAUCUGUUUGCUCCUCGCCUCAUAUCUUGUCGGCGUUAUGCUAGUCCAAGAUUUCAUGCAACUGAGUGACAAUGUGGUUUUUUUUCUCACUGUGGUUCUAUUCAUACUUCUUGUUUUACCAAUCGUGAUCCCUGUGACCUUGACACUAUCAUCCAAAACACAACAUCUAAUUGAAGAGGCUCUCCUUUCUGAACCAUCAAAAGGAGAGACAAGCACUUCACAAGAGAAAGAGGAUCAACCAGAGGUCUUUCUAAGUGAGGUGGAAGAGGAGAAGCCUAAGGACAUUGAUUCAUUACCUCCAUCUGAAAGGAGAAAGAGGAUCGCAGAGUUGCAGACCAAGUUAGUGCAAGCUGCAGCAAGGGGUGGGGUUAGAAUCCGGAGGCGACCACGCCGAGGGGAAAACUUCACCCUGAUGCAGGCAAUGGUGAAGGCUGAUUUUUGGCUUAUUUGGUGGUCGCUCCUACUUGGAUCAGGAUCGGGUUUGACAGUGAUCGACAAUCUGGGUCAGAUGAGCCAGGCUGUGGGGUUUAAAGAUGCGCAUAUUUUUGUGUCAUUGACGAGCAUAUGGAAUUUCCUUGGUCGUGUUGGAGGUGGCUACUUCUCUGAGAUUAUUGUCAGGGAACACACAUACCCAAGGCACAUAGCGCUGGUAAUUGCUCAGAUCCUGAUGGCUGUUGGGCAUUUCCUCUUUGCAAUGGCUUGGCCUGGAACUAUGUACAUCGGAACCUUCCUGGUUGGACUCGGAUAUGGAGCUCAUUGGGCUAUUGUACCAGCUGCUGUUUCUGAACUUUUUGGUGUAAAACACUUCGGUGCAAUGUACAACUUCCUCACAGUUGCAAACCCCACAGGGUCACUCAUCUUCUCAGGCCUUAUUGCUAGUAAUUUGUAUGACUAUGAAGCUGAGAAACAAGCACAGCGCCAUCAGAUAACAGCAUUGACAUCUCCAAGAUUGCUUCACAACAUGGGUUUUCUUGCAGAUGGACCACUGACGUGUGAAGGAGCUGUCUGCUUUUUUGUCAGUUCACUGAUUAUGUCAGUGUUCUGUGUUGUUGGAGCUGGCUUAAGCCUCAUGGUUAUUUACAGAACCAAAAGGGUUUAUACUCACCUCUACAGUUCAAACCGCACAUGAAACUUCCAUGGAUCGGAUAUGUCGUUUCCUCUUGUUGUUCCAUGUACCAUAAAUUUUGCAUAUAUGUGUCAUAUACACACAAAAUUAAACUUUGCCUGUAUAUUAUCUAUUCAUUUCAGAGGUUUUACCACAUGAACUGCUGUCCCCAAAUAUAAAUUUACAUGCCUCAUGUGUCAGAUAGCCAGGCUGUAGUUCAAGCUUGGACCAUGAAUUCUGUAAUAAAGGCUUUGUACUAAGACAUACAUGUCCAUUCAGCUCCGGCUCUACUGUAAUAUUCUUUUGUGUGCAUAAUAGAAUCUUCUAUGAUUCUGGCAAAUCUAAAAGCUCUAGUUGUUUCUCUUU